AGUAGAGUGGAAGGAGGUGGAUGUUAUCCCCAAGCAGGCUCUUAAACAUCCUAAUGUUGAGAUGGAAUUGUCAAUCAGUAAAGCAGAAGCCAUGGGGUUAAUAAGAACAGUGAACAUGUCAAACGGAGGUGUGAUCAUUAUCAGAAGAUGGAGACAGUGGAACAUGUUCUAUUUCAGUUUCAGAAAUAUGGGAGGGAAAGGGAGCAAUUAUUAUAUUUGAGGAGUAAUGGUGUCAAAGAGCCAGGAUUAAGUUAACUGCUUCAGAAAUCUUCAGGGGUGGAGCAUUUCAUUUCCUUAGGGAGAACCGAAAGUUUGCGAAUUUUCAAAGUCCAUUUGGUGGUGAUAAUGCACCGUAAAGUUGGUAGCCAACCACCAUAUAAACGCCACAGAAGGAAAAAGACGAGUGGCAGCGUACUCAUUGAAGCGUUCAGUCUGCGGAAGUACUACCUGAAGAAGCUAGCUGAAAGGAAAACGUCCACUAUGGCUGAGGCGCACAACUUGCAGGACCUACAACAUCAAGCAGCCGUCGCCUCCAAAGUCUAUGUCCAGAGGGACUACAACUCGGGUACAAUCUGCAGGUUCCAGACAAAGUUCCCCUCUGAGCUGGAGUCUAGGGUUGACAGGCAACAGUUUGAGGAGACGAUGCAGACGCUCAACAACCUCUAUGCUGAGGCUGAGAAAAUUGGUGGCAAGUCUUACCUGGAGGGCUGCUUGGCCUGCAUGACCGCCUACACGAUCUUCCUCUGUAUGGAGACCCAUUAUGAGAAAGUAUUGAAGAAGAUCGCUAGGUUCAUCAAGGAGCAGAAUGAGAAGAUCUACGCUCCUCUGGGACUGCUGCUUACGGACCCAAUGGAGAGAGGUCUCAGGGUUGUUGAAAUCACCAUCUUUGAGGAUCGAAGCAUUGGCUCCGGAAGAUAAACCACACCAAAGGAUGGCCUAUUUCACCUGGUGCUUCCCAAUUGUCUCACCACACCAUCAAUGAUUCCUUAUGGAUGUAGAUAUAAUUGUUUUUAUUUAUUUCACAUACGAGAUGGGAAAUGUGCGCUAGUAGCCUAUAUUCCAGAGAGACCAACACUCCCUGUUUUUACAUGUUUAUUGAGAUGAUUCAUUUUAACGUGAAGUCUUAUUCUAGUUAAGCAAGAUCACACCUUUAGUAUGAAGGGUGCCAUUUUGUUUUAUAUUGACAUUUUUUAAACCUUACUCGUAAUUAAAGGUGCACUGUGUAAUAGGUCAAUGCAAAUAGCCCUUAAAGGUAUGUUUCACAAGUUUUUAAACCUGUGUUUAAAAAUAUCCUCUCUGCUUCACCAAAAUGUACAUAAUUAGUCAAAUGGUUCCUUACCUUGACAGUAGUCUAUGGGCCAGGAGAAACUAUAAUCUGCCACAAUUCAGAUGUUUACUUUAGCAAAUACAAUGAGAGGGAAUGGAGCAGUGCUAGCAUGUUCCAAACUCAUGGAUUCUCGUUCCUGGAGUUUACAAACGAUAACGAUGUACAGUAACAUAGCACAUUUUCUGAGUUAUGGUUUGCUACUUCAGGUACUUCUAAGAGCGUCUGCUAAAUGACUUAAAUGUAAAUGUACUUCUCAAAAACCAACUAUAAGCUUUUGCUAAAAUGUUGCUGCUCCUUUUGUAUGUAUAAUGAACAAAAAUAUAAAUGCAACUAUUUCAACGAAA